GUCACGCGCGAGACCAAGCGGGUCUCUGCUUUUCGUCCUCAUUGCGACGAUGUACGUCCUGCAAGCACCUUAUCCCUGACUUUGGUCGCGUAUGUUCGGUAUAGUGCACGCACUCCUUGCGCAUUAAAAUGGCUACUCUUCAGGCUAAGAGCCGCGCUGCGGCCAGCUCCGCUCGCUCGGAGAAGGCUGUCCCGGCGAGCUUCUCGAGCGGGUCCUUCCGUGGCCAGGCCGUGGCUCGCCCCGCUGCCACCCGUGCUGUGCGCUCGGUUGCUGCUCGCUCUCGUCGCGCCCAGGCCGUGAAGGCGAUUAUUGAGGCGCCUCUGCUGCGCUAUGAGCCGGCCACCAAGGCCCGCACCAGCUCGGUGCUGUCCAUCAUUCUGGGUGGCGGCGCCGGCACCCGCCUGUUCCCGCUGACCAAGUCGCGCGCCAAGCCGGCCGUGCCCAUCGGCGGCGCCUACCGCCUGAUCGACGUGCCCAUGAGCAACUGCAUCAACAGCGGCAUCAGCAAGAUCUACAUCCUGACCCAGUUCAACUCGACCUCCCUGAACCGCCACCUGGGUCGCGCCUACAACAUGGGCAGCGGCGUGCGCUUCGGCGGCGACGGCUUUGUGGAGGUGCUGGCGGCCACCCAGACGCCCACCGACAAGGAGUGGUUCCAGGGCACCGCCGACGCCGUGCGCCAGUACAGCUGGCUGCUGGAGGACACCAAGAACCGCGCCAUCGAGGACGUGCUCAUCCUGUCGGGCGACCACCUGUACCGCAUGGACUACAUGAAGUUCGUGAACUACCACCGCGAGACCAACGCCGACAUCACCAUCGGCUGCAUCGCCUACGGCUCGGACCGCGCCAAGGAGUUCGGCCUGAUGAAGAUCGACGAGAAGCGCCGCGUGACGUCGUUCGCGGAGAAGCCCAAGACCCAGGAGGCGCUGGACGCCAUGAAGGUGGACACCACCGUGCUGGGCCUGACCCCCGAGGAGGCUGCUGAGAAGCCGUACAUCGCCUCCAUGGGCAUCUACGUGUUCAAGAAGUCGGUGCUGCUGCAGCUGCUCAACGACAGCUACGCCAAGGCCAACGACUUCGGUGGUGAGAUCAUCCCUUCGGCCGCCAAGGACCACAACGUGGUGGCCUACCCCUUCUACGGCUACUGGGAGGACAUUGGUACCAUCAAGUCCUUCUUCGAGGAGAACCUCAAGCUGUGCCGCCACCCCGCCACCUUCGAGUUCUACGACCCCCAGUCGCCCAUCUACACCUCGCCGCGCGUGCUGCCGCCCGCCACCGUGCGCAACUGCAAGGUGACGGACGCCAUCAUCGCGCAGGGCUCGUUCGUGUCGGACUGCACCAUCAACAACGCCGUCAUCGGCAUCCGCUCCAUCAUCGGCCAGAACUGCACCAUCCAGGACGCCCUGGUGAUGGGUGCCGACUACUACGAGUCGGACGACCAGCGCGCCACGUUGCUCAAGAAGGGCGGCGUGCCGGUGGGCAUUGGCGCCAACAGCGUCAUCACCAACGCCAUCAUUGACAAGAACGCCCGCGUCGGCAAGAACGUCAAGAUCGUGAACAAGGAGGGCGUGACUGAGGGCACCCGCGAGGCCGAGGGCAUCUACAUCCGCUCCGGCAUCGUGGUGAUCGACAAGGGCGCCCUGGUGCCCGACAACACCACCAUCUAAGCGCUGGGCUGCAAUAGCUGAGCUGUUGGCGCUGCUAGGCUAGGCUGAGCGGCUGAGAAGCUGGCAGCUGGGCUAAGCGGCUGAUGGGCUAGUUAGCUAGGUGGUGCGCCGCUAGCAUGAACGCGGACGCCCUCCGGUCAGACGCAUACAGCUGCGGAGCGUCAACGUGCUUGCGCGCGGGCUGCACUCUUUGGCCAGCGGCGGCGUGUGGGUUGUGUGUUUCGCCAUGGAACCGAGACGGACUUGACCGGACCGGGAAACAGGCAGACGCGGGGUGUGCGGUUUUGUGUGCUAAACAAAGCGGUUGUGUGUGCGUGUGCGUUUUGGAUGUGCGAGCAUGCAACAGCAUGGCAGUGCACGAGGCAUGACCGCACGUGCACUUGCACGCCCGAUGGGGGCUAGCGUGCUCGCCUUCUGACUUCCGUGCCUGAGUGCGCGGGGAAGACACCGGCGGCACGCGGGUUGUUGCGUUGGUUGUGUUGGCUAGAGGCGUUGGGAGGCUUCACUGGCACUUCAUGCAUGGGCACGAAGCGUCCAUGUGUUUUUGGAACGAGCCCUAAGGCAGCCACCUCCUUGUUGGAACGAGGUGAAGGUGGGGAGUGAUUGGGACGCGGAGGCUUGCGCUGCAGUCCCACAUUUUUGGCACGUCAUCGUGUUGACCGGCAUUGUGAGGUAGCCGUGCGGCAGGCAGGGGUUGCCCCGAGACGCUGUGCGUAGCAUUCUCAGAUGAGUAUGGUGUGUUCCAGUUUUGGUUGCAGGGCCGCUGAGCGAUUGCAGUUUUGUUGUACCUGGGCGGCGACGCAGCCGCAGGGGACUGUAGAGUAAAAGAAGGAUGCUGAGUGCGUGGCUGUGAUCUUGGCUGAGCGCAGGGUAGCGGGCCCGUGCUACAACUACACAGCAUUGUAAGAUUAGCACAUG